UCUCACUCCACCUAUCGCCUCAAAACGAACAACGAGGACGCUUUUUCACGCACAAGAGCUCAUACGUAGACAAUGGUUCAACUGACAGAAGUCACCGACGAGUCGGUCAGGAGGUCCAAUGUCGGACAAGAGGAUGAAGAGGCAUGGGAGAACGACAGCGAAGCUCUAUCGGACGAUCUCUCUGACGACGAAGACGAAGACGAUGAUGACGUCUCGGAGCGAGGACUGGCCGUUCGCAAAGAGACGCUUGCCCAGCGUAUCGCCGCCCUGAAGGACAUCGUUCCGCCGUCCACCCGUCGCAGUCUGGCUCUUCGCUUCCAGACAGCGUCAACUUAUGCUUCGUUCGGUGGCAAGGUCGUUGGCAAUCUGGGCUGGAUGGUCAUUACUACCGCAAUCUUGGUCGGACUGCCAUACACACUCGCUUCUGAGGGCGAGGCCAUGAUCGUCCAGCAGGAGAGGGAAUACGCCCAGCAGCAGAACGGAGCUCAGCAGAUGCUCGGCGGCGGCGCUCCCGGCGGUCUCGACGGUCAAGGCCAGCAACAGCAGGGCGGAAUCCGACCUCCUGGCUUCUAAGACGUAUCUGCAAGAGACUUCGUGGAGGGAAGUUUGGAGCGGCGGGCAGACAUCUUCUGGGCAGCAGAGUCGGAUCUUGCUUCACACCACGAGGAAUGACG